UACAACAUGAAAGGCAUGAAUAGGAAAGUGAUGUUAAUUGAAUAAUGUCCAACUCAAUUUACAAGAAAAUAAUGGAUAGAAUAUUGGGUGUUUUGUCGAUAUUUAUUAUGUCUGUCAUACCUCAAGCUUCUGCGGCGUGCCUUGCCGUACACAGGUAUCAUGAAGGGGCAGCAAUACGAAUAUUUGGAACAUAGUAUUACAACAUUGCUUUCUUGUGUAAAUAUUUAUGUAUGUCUUUGUCAAGUCCAAUGAUUUUGAUUUUUAUGGUGUUUGCUGAGGUCUAGAUCCUGAGUUAUAAUGUAGUGUUUGGCAGUAUCUUAGAAUUUCUCAUUUUUGCUGCAUUUUCGUUACUUGAAUAUAUUUGAGUAUUGUGAUGAUCAAUCUGCUGUUUCAAUAAACACUAUUUGUAUAUCUCUUUGUGUCUCUAGCUAGCACUUGCAGGCAGCCGCUGUCGGAAAAUACUAUCACUUGGCCUAGGCCAGGGUUAUAUAAAUUCUAUCUUCAAUUCAAACUUCACAUCAAUCCUACAGAUUCUAGCUUGUAUUUUGAUUAUGGCUGCUAGUGAGGUAAAAGUUUUGGGGACGUGGGCUUGCCCGUAUGUGAACCGGGUUCAGCUUGCGUUGUGCAUAAAGUCGAUUGAUUAUGAGUUCAUCGAAGAAAAUACUCUACAGAAAAGCGAUAUGCUGCUCAAAUGCAACCCUGUUCACAAGAAAAUCCCAGUUCUGAUCCAUGGAGAUAAGUCUGUUUGUGAGUCAUCCAUCAUUGUGGAGUACAUUGCUGAUGCCUUUUCCACCGGCCCGUGCAUCCUCCCUUCUGAUGCCUAUGGUCGCGCCUUAGCCCGUUUCUGGGCAGCCUACAUCGAUGACAAGUGGUAUCCACUGAUCAAAGUGCUUCGGCAGUCACAAGACGAAGAGGAAAGAGUAGCGCUUACUCAGAAAUUGUGUGAAGGUUUGAUCUUACUUGAAGAGGCAUUUAUCAGUUGUAGCAAAGGAAAGGCUUAUUUUGGAGGAGAUAGCAUAGGUUAUCUUGACAUCAUUCUCGGAUCAUGCUUGGCGUGGCUGAGGGUGACAGAGAGAGUUGUUGAAGUCGAACUGAUGGAUCGGACCAAGGCUCCUCAACUGGCAAAAUGGGCCGAUAAAUUAUGCUCAGACGACAAGGUUAAGGCCGUCUUUCCAAACAUUGACAGGCUCAUGGAACUUCAUGAGUUGAUUCAAGCUUAUCUUAAAUCUGCUAAGUGAAAAGAACAAAAAAGGCUCUAAAUGUUGUGAUUGAUGGCUUAUUAAUUCUGGUUUUUUCAGUUCAUGUGUGUUCCUGGAUUACGAGCCUCUUGGGCUAAUAAUGUAAAAUUGUUGGCAUAGAUCAUAUGAUCUAGCAGAAAUCAAGUAAUAGAAUCCUUUAUUUCUUAAAUUUA